UGUUUUUUUGGUAGGGUGAAGCAAAAACAACUUUGGAGUCGAGAUAAUUUCUUUCUGUUCUCUCCUUUCUCUUCACUCUUUCUCUCUCAGACGGCGAUUUGUUUGCUCCGGCCGAUCUGAAAUUUCAUCUUAAAAAUCUCCUCAUGCAAAGGCCGAUCUGCUCUUUCAAUAGGUUUGUGUUCGAAGUUAUCCGCCGGUUCUAAAAUUGAAAGAGUUUCAUCAGCGUCACUUGAAGAAAGAAGAAACUAAACGGGUAAUCACUGAAGAAGUAUAACAACAAGCAUCCAUUAAGAGAUGGGCCAAGACUAUAGCUACUCUCAGCCUGAUUCCUCAGAUCAAUAUGAUAGAUACUCUGAGGACACGCAUGACAGGGAAAUAGAAGCUUUGAUUCGGAUGGAUGAGGCUGAGAGUAGCUUCGUCAUUGCUGCGGAGGCUCAAUACCCUCCUCAACCUGAGGUUGAGUUCGGAUUCCCCAAGCUGUGCUACUGUGGUGGUCAGCCGCUGUUAGCCACAAGCUACAACAGAAGGUUCUACACUUGUGCUAAUGUUGACGAUGGAGAGAUGCAUAUCCACAAGUGGUGGGAUGAAGCUGUCAUGGAGGAGAUGAGAGAGAUGGGCAGACAAUGUGAAGUGUUGUCUCAGAAGGUAGAUAACCUUACAUUAGCGAGUGACUAUGAGUCACACAUGAAUAAUGAAACGGAGCUGAAAAUAGUCGGGUUGGAAAAGGAAGUGUUUGAGCUAGGGAAGACCAGGAAUAGGUUUAGAAAUGGUUAUGAAUUGUUGGUUUUGGUAGUAAUAGUAGGUCUAGUAUCCUGUUUGGUCAAUCGUCUUUCUUUGUAAAGUGUUGUUUGUAAGCUUUUGGUUUUGGUAAGUAUCACGGAUCAAUGUAGACCUUUUGGUCGUUUCUGGUAUCACAGAUCAAUGUAUAACUUUUGGUUGUUUGUUGUAUCACGGAUCAACUGUUGGUUUUGGUAGUUUGUGGUAUCACGGUGAGAUUUAAGACUU